GAACGUAGUAACCGCAAUUGAAAUGUCGCACACUUACAGUGCAGACGAAAAUAUUUGCUAUUAAAAGUUAUUAAGAGGCAAAAAUUACCUGGAAAAUGGAGAAAAGUUCGCAAAAUGAUAACCCACGUGUAGCUGAAAGCACAUUUAAAGAUAUCCUCAUUAGUCCAAACAAUGAUGACGUCAUCAUUCCAACCAGUGCAACGUUCGACAAAGCUGUAUUACACAUUGGUAUAGGAAACGGAUGUGGUAUAUUUAUAGAGAAGUUUGGUGUGAAGAAUGACAAAGAGUUGAAAACUUCAGUGAAAUAUGCCACCCGAAAGUUCACAGACGCCCGUAAUCAAAGGAAAAACAAAGGUAAAAACCUAAAAGCAAGAAAAGUGAAGAUAUUGAGAAGAUUGUAGAUGAAAGUGGUGAAAAGUUUACAAGAGACAUUCCAAGUAUGGAAGACAUUGAAAGACAGCUGGCUAAGCUAGUCGGACCAUCUUUUGGAUAAGUCACCAAUGGAAACCAAAAAUGCUAAAAAUACAAUGUCAGACACUAAACCUCUGAAAGAAAACAAAUCUUUAAAUAUCGAAAGUGACAUUAGUGCCACUGAUAAAAGUAUUCAAUCUACGAUAGGGACAGUUUUCACAUCUGACAUCAAAAGUGACGAACGUCGAGAACCAAGGCAUGAAAAAGAAAUUGCUAAAAGUACUACACCAGGUUUUGAUGAUCAAACCAUUGCUGGGACAAAUAUGAAGAUUCAUUUGUAUAAGCUUAAUGAACACGUUUUAAAGCAGAGAAGACAACUUUAUUUGAAACCAUUGAUAAAGCUUAUCAGGAGGAAAUGUUACAGAUUGCAAUUGAUAAAGAGGCAGGUAUCUAUAAACCAACUAACAUUUGGCCAUCAACUGAAAGAGGAUCAAGUUUUCCACUUGAAGAAGAUAUGCAUGUAUAUCUGGAUGAAGUUUUUGUGUAAUACCAAAACGAGGCUCUGAAAUGUUUGAUGAAUAUGUGUCUGUUAGCUGCAGAGAAGAGAAGAAAAGGCGAACAGGAAGAUGUACCCGAAAGCGAUCCGACGAGUGCUGUUGUAGAUAUAGCGAAAGAUUACACAGUUGCAGACAGCAAUGUGUUUGAAGACGUUCUAUUUAAAGACCAAAGUGAUCCAAUUUUAUCUGAUACAAUUGUAGAUAGAGCAGCCGAUAACGACAGCGAUACAUCAUAUG